AUGUUGACUGUCCAUAAAAUGCAUUUUAGCAUCUUCUUGUUGUUGUGGGGAUGGGUUUUAUGCACUGAAUGCAGAGCCCAUCGACAAGGAAAGGAAAUACAUGAGGUAUACAAGAAAGGCAGCCGGCCACAGAGGCAGCGGCGGGAGACCCACAGCGAGUCGCACAAGCAAGGCAGUAGCCCAAUUCUAAAACGAAGCCCUGACAUCACCAAAUCUCCAGUGACAAAGUCAGAGCAGCUGCUGCGAAUAGAUGACCAUGACUUCAGCAUGAGACCGGGUUUUGGAGGCCCUGCAAUUCCUGUUGGGGUAGAUGUCCAAGUUGAAAGUCUGGAUAGUAUUUCUGAAGUGGAUAUGGACUUCACCAUGACCCUUUACCUGCGGCACUACUGGAAAGACGAGCGGCUUUCCUUCCCCAGCACCAACAACCAGAGCAUGACGUUCGACGGCAGGCUCGUGAAGAAGAUCUGGGUCCCUGACAUGUUCUUCGUGCACUCCAAGCGCUCCUUCAUCCACGACACCACCACUGAUAACGUCAUGCUGCGGGUCCAGCCAGACGGGAAGGUACUUUAUAGUCUCAGAGUUACAGUAACAGCGAUGUGCAACAUGGAUUUCAGCCGCUUUCCCCUGGACACACAAACAUGUUCCCUGGAGAUUGAGAGCUAUGCCUACACUGAGGAUGACCUCAUGCUGUACUGGAAGAACGGGAACGAUUCCCUAAAAACAGAUGAGAGGAUCUCUCUGUCCCAGUUCCUGAUCCAGGAGUUCCACACCACCACAAAGCUCGCCUUCUACAGCAGCACAGGGUGGUACAACCGCCUCUACAUAAACUUCACCUUGCGCCGACACAUCUUCUUCUUCCUGCUCCAAACCUACUUCCCUGCCACUCUCAUGGUUAUGCUGUCUUGGGUGUCCUUCUGGAUCGACCGCCGAGCGGUACCUGCCCGAGUCCCUUUAGGGAUAACCACCGUGCUGACCAUGUCCACCAUCAUCACGGGAGUGAACGCCUCCAUGCCCCGCGUCUCCUACAUCAAAGCCGUGGACAUUUACCUGUGGGUCAGCUUCGUGUUUGUCUUCCUGUCCGUGCUGGAAUACGCAGCUGUGAAUUACCUGACUACCGUGCAGGAACGGAAGGAGAGGAAGCUCCGGGACAAGCUCCCGUGCGCGUGCAGCCUCCCGCAGCCGCGGCCCAUGAUGAUGGACGGCAGCUACAACGACGGCGACGUGGGCGAGCUGGGGCACUACGUCUCCGAGAACGGCGACAAGCAGGACAGGAUGAUGGUGCAGCUGGCGCUGGGCUCGGAAAGGGGCUCCGGGAGGAGGAAAAACCAGCGUUACGUCAGCAUGCGCAUCGACACCCAUGCCAUUGACAAAUACUCCAGGAUAAUAUUCCCCGGGGCUUACAUCCUAUUUAAUUUGAUAUACUGGUCCAUUUUUUCAUAA